AUGUUUACCAAUUCAGCCAGUGGGCAGUCUCAACCCUCAUGGUUUCCAAGCGAGCAAGACAUGAUGAUCCAAACAGAGCCGGGACCGUUCGUACAAUGGAUUGAAGACUACCCGUUGCCACCCGGAGGAUUGCCAAAGGGAAUAGAAAUGUAUGACGGCAAGAGUGACCCCGACAAUCAUCUGAAGCACUUCAAUGGCAUGAUCAAGAUGCAACGUUGGAAUGUCCCGGUUGCUUGCCAUAUGUUUGCUCUUACUAUGAAGGAUGUAGCCCGUGCUUGGGUAGAUGGGCUACCGGUCGGGAGUGUAGUAAACUUUGAAGAUCUUAAGAGAAAGUUCAUAUCCCACUUCAGCCAGCAGAGGAAAUACCAGAAGAUCCAUUUGGAAGCACACAACAUAAAAAUAAGAGAAGGUGAAAGCAUACGCAGUUUCAUUACACGAUACAUAGAUGAAACAUCACUCAUCAAAGGUCUGGCUAAAAGUCAAAAGAUAUCCGGUUUCGUGCACGGACUGAGAUUCAAACCAUUGGUCGAAUUCUUAUCCACCGACCUCCCACAGACAUAUACAACUCUAACUGACAAGACACACAGUUUCCUUCUUGCAAAGGACACAGCUGGUAAUUUGGGAGGGGCGGAGCCAGUAGAAGGAAGUCCGUAUUUCAACCCGCAGCCUUAUGGAAGGGGCGGGGGACGAGGCCGAAGGGGUCGUGGAGGUAGAGGACACCACUUCUCUCCAUAUCAGCGAACACAGGAUCAUGUUCAGCCAAUCAUGGAACCCUGA